CCUCAUGAAACCUUUGUAAUAGUCACCCUCCCUCUCCCCCUGAGUUCCAAAAUUCCUGGAUUUACCGCUGGGUCUGUUCCAUUUAGCAAAGUUUCGAUUAAGACCAAAAUGCUUAGAUGGUUAGAGUGGAUUUUCUAACAAUAGAUCUUGCAUUCAAGAUAGCGAAAUUAAUGGAAAGCUGAGUUUUUGAUGUAGCACCAAGAAGCGCAACAGGUAUCAGAUUGUUGACAUUUCUAGAAUAGGUUUCCAUUGAAGAUCUACGAUGCGUAGAAAGAAUGGUUGGAAUAUGUUGAGACUCAUAUCUACUUGGUUCGUAAUUCCAUUGAAGACAUUUAUGAUUUCGCUGUACUCCCUUGAGACAUUUGAACACUUCACUGCAGCGCAUUCCGGCCAAAACUUCAAGUCUGUGGAAUCCAAAACGGGUCCUGGAUUUGGAUGUACAUCACCAGAGACGAUUAUUGCCGAAGAGAUGAAUGUUGAAUAACAAGUAAAGCUGAAGAUGAAUAUGUUCAAGAAGACUACUUUUGUAAGGUUUUGCUGUGUGUCAACUUCCAUGUUGCCAGAGGAACUUGGACUGUAAACUGAACAGCUGAUCUGUCUGUACAAAGAAUGCAUAGAGAUGUCUAAACACUGUAAUGAUAUAAGUACCAUGAUGAAUUCAUGCGUGCUGUUCGUAGUGCAUAGCAACAGCAUAGGUAGACAUGCUGAUUCACUGAAGUGUCUGAAAGAAAUAUUACCGUUAGCUGUAGCAAUACCAAGUCAUGAGUUAAUAGUUCGUAAAUAUUUGUCCAUCACAUAUAAGGAGCUCAACGAGUUUGAAAACGUUGUUUUGCAUGCCAAGAAAUGGAUCGAAAUAGCUCAAACCAUAAGCGAUAAAGAAAACGAAAUCGCUGGACAUCAUGAAAUGGGACAUGCAUUUUUGUUCUUAGCUCGUUAUGAUGAUGCUAUUGACUGUGGCAAAAAAUGUCUUACAAUUGCCCAAGAAAUUGAUAGUGCUGAUGGCAUGAUGAUGGCAUAUACCUGUAUAAUAGCCGCAUAUGCAAACAUGCAGAAAUAUGAUGACACUAUUCUGUAUGCGCACAAGCUCCUUGAUUGCGCCAUGAAAAACAACAAUCAGAAGAUUAUGACGGACGUGUACUUUGAGCUAGAAAGAGCACAUCUUGGCUUGAAUCACUAUCAAGACGCCAUUGACUUUGGACAGAAAUGCAUUGAAAUAGCAAGAGAGAUAGAAGACAGACGUGUUGAAGUCGACGCUUACCUAUUAAUGGGGCGAAUAUAUAACACUCUUUCUGACUACGACAAUGCAAUUAUCUAUUUCAAAAAGUGUAUUGAGCCUGCGAUAACUAUUGGCGAUAAAGAUGCGGAGGUUCAUGCUUAUAGCUUACUUGGAGCUACAUAUUAUUUCUUGAAGAAAUACGAGGAUGCCUUUCAGAAUUUCAAGCACUGCAUCGACAUUGUGAACCGUAUUGGCCGCAAAAAGAAUUAUGGGGCAAGAGCGUGUUUGUGUAUAGGAGAUAUUUAUAAGAGACUGGAACAAUAUAAUGACGCAGUGCAUUAUUACAAGAAAUGCAUCGACAUGGCACAGGAAACUGGUGAGAAAGAAAUUGAAGCACAAGGAUGUCUCGGUCUUUCGUCUGUAUACCACGCAUCAGGUGAUAAGGAAAACAUCGAUAAUGUCAUCCAAUACGGUAAGAAAUGCCUGGACAUCUCUCAAGAAAUAGGCGACAAAAAAACGAGACAAGAAAUUGAGACGCAAGGACAUCAUUUUCUCGCUAGAGCAUAUAUGGACUCGUUCAAGUGGAAUGAAGCAUCUCAGAGUAUAGAUGUAGGCAUGGCGAUUGCUACAGAGCUUGGAAACGAAGAAACUGAAGCAAAGUUCAAAGAAGAUAGGUCUUUGCUUUAUGGAUUUGUUGGUUUGAAUGACAAGUGUGAUGUACCCUCAGUAAAGGAAUUAUUAGCGGUACAAACAUGUUCUGAAGAUGAGCUAUUACAGGAUCUUGACGAAGCGGUGAAGACAGGCGAUAAAAAGAGGAAAGUCAGAGCUUUAAUGAAGCUUUACAAUUUUUAUCGUUCUAAAAAAGAAUAUGAAAAAACAAUCAAUUACCUACAGCAGUUUAAAGAGAUGGACGUUGAUUGUUCUUUGAACUUGUUCUGUAUCACAGCAAUCGGAAACAUGUAUCAUUUGAUGGGUGAGAAUGACAUGGCUUUACACAGUUUCAAACAAGGGCUACCUACUGCUGAGUCUUAUCCUGAUACUGAUCAUCACCUAUCCCAAUUCUAUCAUGGCUUUGGUCAAUUAUUGUAUAAUUUGAACAGAGAACUGAACUUGGCAGAACAUUAUCUAAGAGAAGGUAUACGAUGCUUUGAAGCGAUCUUUACCGCACUUGGUUGUCUUGAUGAAUUCAAGAUCUCAAUUUUUGACCAAUAUGUUGAUAGCUAUAAGCUGUUGGCAAUUCUCUUAUUCAAAGGCGACCAGAUGAAGGAAGGGCUUUUAAUGUUAGAUCGUUGUCGUGCAAGAGCCUUGAAAGAUCUUAUGAUGUCAAACUUCAAGAUGGAACAAGAGGAGAUCAAUGAUGAACACCUAGAGUACAGCGAUGUUUUGUCUCUGUUCUCAAGAAAUGACUUCAGCAUUGCCUUUUACUCGCUCUAUCAUUUUAUUCUUCAUAAGAUUUUUAUUGGAGGGGGGACAAAUUUGCAUUUUUCAGGUUGUCCUAGUUAUCAUUCCCUACAGAAAUACGUCGAUAGGUCGUUUAACGAAAUGGGUGUUCGUGAGGUGGUUGACUGUGAGAACAGGUCCUUGGACAAAGAAGAAGAUAUUCAAAAAGAACGAAGAAGAUGUAUAGAAGAAUACGAAGAACUUAAUCAAGCAACGAACCUCGAUCCUAACACAGGAAAAUCUGCUCUAGAAGUUCUAUUUGAUAUCUUAGAGUGUGAUACAAUACUAUCGUCGAAGCAAGGCGAGGUUGUUAUUAUUCCCGAUGGUCCCUUAUACCAAGUGCCUUUUCCCGCCCUACGAGAUCCUCGCACGGGAAAGUAUUUAUCAGAGACAAAUCGCAUUAGACUUGCUCCUUCAUUAGCGACUUUAAAGCACUUUGAAGACUUUCCAACAGACCAAACCAGCGAUGGCAAGCCUUUGAUUAUUGGUAAUCCUUUGGUUGGGAAGGUAAUGAUGGAUGGAGAAGAACGCGAUGAUAUUAAAGAUUUGCCGGGUGCAUUUAAAGAAGCCGAGAAGAUUUCUAAGUUACUGAAUACCCUUCCAUUAUUGGGAGACAUGGCUACAAAGCCAGCCGUUCUAGAGAGGCUGCGACAAGGAGUAUCUGUCGUUCACAUUGCUGCACACGGCAGUCUCACUAAAGGUAGGAUAGCACUUGCACCUUCUCCUGAAGUAAGAGCAACAAAGAUCCCAGAUGAAGAAGAUUACAUGCUGACCAUGGUUGAUGUACAGAAGGCUCAAGUACGAGCACAGCUAGUUGUGUUAAGCUGCUGUCACAGUGGACGUGGUGAAAUCAGAGCUGAAGGAGUAGUUAGCAUGUGUCGAGCCUUUCUAGCGUCAGGUGCUCGUGCAGUGGUAGCGUCUCUGUGGGCCAUCGAUGACGAUGCAACACUCGAGUUCAUGGAUACAUUUUAUACUCAUUUAAUGGACGGAAGGAGCGCGAGUGUAAGUUUACAUCAAGCGAUGAACGAGAUGAGGAACUCUUCCGGCUACAGCGAACUAAAGUACUGGGCACCAUUCUUUCUCAUGGGUGAAGAUGUAACAAUCAAUUGUUAAAGAAUACUGCAAACAUAGCAUAAUGAUAACAUUUUCCAUUCUUAUCAUUAUAAUGACAAAUGCUGCCUUUUUUUAGUUCAGAAGACAACUGAUAUAUUUUCAGCUGCUCAUAUCUUCAAAUCUAAAUAUAAGAUAACGUGUAGGAUCAAGUGAUUUUUCUGUGCCCUGGAUAAGUCAUGAUGUUAGAAUAUGAGUUAACAUGUGUCGAGCCUUUCUAGCGUCAGGUGCUCGUGCAGUGGUAGCGUCUCUGUGGGCCAUCGAUGAUCUGAUGAUGCAACAUUAGAGUUUAUGUUUGAAUUCUAUACUCGCUUAGUAGUGGACGGAAAGAGCGCGAGUGUAAGUUUACAGCAAGCGAUGAAUGAAAUCAGGAACUCUUCCUGCUACAGCACACCAAAGUACUGGGCACCAUUCUUUCUCAUGGGUGAAGAUGGAACAAUCAAAUGUAGUUUUGUUCUUCAAGACGAGGACUGAAUGUAUUGCCCAUUCUAAACGCCUCUCCACUCGAAUUUUAUUACAACUAAGUUCUGUCUAGACUUUGGUUGAACAACAGGCAGCGUACUUACCACGUUCUUUACAGGUAUGAAAAGUGAAGGCAGAUCUCAAGUCAUCAUAGGUCACAUAUUAUAAGCUUAUCUGAGAAAAAUAUCAGGCAUUGUAGAAGGGAAAAAUAUAAUCAUGAGAAAUGUUAGGGAAUAACAUUCUAGAAACAGAAACUUAUUUGUUAAACCUUCUGUAAGCAACAAAUGUAAGGAAACCUCUCUAUUUUAAUGACUUGUCAAUAGACAGCCUGUCAUUGGCCAGUGGUAAGUCAUUCAUAAUGACUUGUUCAGUAGCCUGAGGGUCAAGGAUGUUUGUUUAUUGACAUAGCAUUCCACUUCUAAUUGGGAAGUUCUUUUUGUAGUAAGCAACAGCUGCAAAUCUACAGUACUUUUUCAGUGGAAACGGGUUUUGAUCAUGUACAAUUUUGUACAUGCGUACUGGAAAAGAGCAGGGUUGUUUUUUGUACAAACAAUUACUUCCUACGCUUUUUUCUGUUCUCUUGUUUAGAAUUAUCUUAUUUGUAACUUUGAAAUAUUUUGAUAACAAUCUGUUCUGAGGUAAUUGAGUUAGCGAACACCAUCGACAGAUGUUCAGGGUCAGUUCUUAGAACUGAGUGCUCGUUCUUUUCCCUUAAGUCAACACAGGUCUCAAGCUCUUACGUCAUACUUGACCUAACUGGUCUAAUCUAGUUUGACCUAGUACAAACCAGUUAUGUGACGUAUUACGUGAGCUUAGCCCUUAAAUACGAGCUCACUUAGAGCUAUAGUUCAACGAGAGUUGCAGUAGAAUUACUGUUGGAGUUAGUCAGAGUUGAAGUCGCAACUAGUCAAGAGUCAUAACCAGAGUUCAGAUGAGUUCGUUGUAAAGUUCUAAAAGUAGCAGAAAUAAAGAAGAAGAAGGAAACAAAAAGCGACCAGAAUCUUUGUGUCCGUUUGGGAAAGUAUUACUCCUCCACUUUCCCCUACGUGACAUAAGUGGUGGAGAUCCCGAGUACGAAGUUCCCGAAAAGGGACAGCUAAUACAGACAAGGAGGCUCAGGAUACAGCCUAUUCAAGCCCACGAAAUACCCAGCACCAGCCAGUGACCUGGAAAAGUUGUCAUGGUUCUUUCAUGAAAAAGGAACUUGUAUUCAAGAUCUACAUGGAAAGCCUUGCUAUCAGAGACACGACCGUUAGAGAUAUAGCAGAAACAGAUUGAAAAACAAGACAAAGACCCGCGAACUGCCAAGGACUGAUAACGAAUAUGGACAUUGCAUGAAGAUAAUAAGUUAUGUAUAUAUUAUAGGUAGAUUAAUAAGGGAUUAUGUUUUAGGUUAGUUUAGUUGGGAAAAUAACGAAUCUAGUAUACUUUUAAUCUUAGCUAGUACCUUAUUUAGGAAACUCUAAAGUUAAUGCAAUGUUCGAUUAAGAAAACUUCACUUUUAGGGCAAUGAGAAUUUUGACAAGAUAAACGUCAGCUGCAGAAAAUUAUAGAGUUAAUACAUGAGCCUAUACUUUUGUAAAGACAAUAAGUCAUCUUUUUCCAUGCAAUGCAAUGUUCGAUUAAGAAAACUUCACUUUUAGGGCAAUGAGAAUUUUGACAAGAUAAACGUCAGCUGCAGAAAAUCAUAGAGUUAAUACAUGAGCCUAAUACUUUUGUAAAGAUAAUAAUAAGACAUCUUUUUCCAAAGCUUGUGGAAGUAGUAAGGAUAGAAUCGGAUUUGAGUUUCGAGGUCGGGAAAAUAUUGUUACGCAUUGCAGUAUUUUAUUGCAGGAAUUCAAAAACUAAGAUAAGAAAAGUAGUUAAAAACAAUUCAAGUUUUAAUGAGCGACAAUUCAAGUUUUAAUCACAAAAUAUUUGAACGCCAGAGAAGCGUUAUUUAAGUAGUAUUUCAAGUGGAAUCGCUAAUUCGAUUUUUAAGAAGAAGACGUGGUAUUUUAGACAUACAUGAAUUUAACAAGAGGAGAGAGAAGAUUAUUUAUACUUUUGUUUUAGGAAGUAGGGCUUCAAAUUACACAAAAAGCUAACCGGACUUGACUGGUAUAAUCAGUCGUCGGUGGAACAUCUUUCUUAGGAAACAAUAAUUACUCGGGCUUUGGAAAAAAUCGCCCUCGAAGCCCUAAGGCGCAUGCGUCAAAUCAAAGUCUAUGCGAAUACGUAGAAUCAGUCUUGAGCACAUGCUUGAGUAAUGGCGGAUAUGAGGAAGGUCUCGUUGCUGUUUCAAGUAAUGAAUGAUAUGGAGUCCAACACCCUCAACAUUUUUAGCACACGUGAUUUUGCACCAUCUAAAAGGGUGACAAUGUUUACGAAGAAUUCUUUAGAUUUUCUGCUAUAAAGCCCGAGUUCACGCAGAUAUGCGUCUAGUUUAAUUUUUAAUCGUUACGUCUUUCGCUAGCAAGCUGACUUGGCGUAACCAGCCGCUGGUGAACGGUCGUCCAAUACGGUUCACGUAUAUUUUAGGUAAACCAAGAAACCAACCCUUGACGCCGCUAACUACACCUGUAAGUAGCUAGUACAUGUUUUUCCGUGCAUUCCAGAAAAGAACAUAAGCGUGGGUAUUCUUUUCGCACUUCUUGUGGUUAUCUUGGUAGUACCAAAUUUUAAUUUGAGAACCCCUUUUUUUCUCUCUUCAUGUUAAAAGCAUGCUGUUCCUUCAUGUUAUUGAUAUUAUUAUUGAUGUUUUUGAUAUUUAGCGGGUAAUUUAAGGAAUAUAACACUAUAUUUAAUAUUCUUGUUCUAUAUAUUGUAGACCCCUGGCAUGCAGACUACCUGCAUGAGUCCAGUCAUAUAGCUUGGUCAAGCUAAGCGAGUACUGCUCAGUGUACACCUGAUUCUAAUUGUAGUUUUAUCUUCUCUUCGUGACAUUCGAGGGCGAAUGUUCUCGAAGGCGGAAUAAUAUGUAGAAGGGAAAAAUACAAUCAAGGGAAACUGAUGUAAGGGAAAAACAUUGUAGAAAUAGAAACAUAUUUGUUAACCCUUCUGUAAAUAACAAAUGUAAGGAAACCUUUUGUUUUAAUGACUUGUCAAUAGACAACCUAUCAUUGACCAAUGGUAAAUCAUUCAUAAUGACUUGUUUAUUAACUCCAGGGUCAAGAUGGUUUGUUCAUUGACAUAGCCUUUCACUUCUAAUUGGGAAAUAUUUUUUGUAGUACAGUUGAUCAUUAAAUUUUCAGACUCUGUAUAGUGA